AUGGGACUUUUCAUUCCAACUAACAAGUUACAAAAUUUGAAAUUAUACAAAUAUUCAUCAGAAGAUCAUUCAAUUAUAUCUCAAUAUAUUUUGAAAAAAUGGUGGAAUUUUUUUGUACAAAUUUUCCCUUUAUCAAUGGCCCCUAAUGUUGUUACUUUAUUAGGAUUAUUUUUCAUUAUUGGUAAUUUAUUAACAGUAUUUUAUUAUGAUCCUUAUUUAAAUGAAACUCAACCAACUUGGUGUUAUUUUUUUUAUGCCUUUGGAUUAUUUAUGUAUCAAACAUUUGAUGGAUGUGAUGGAUGUCAUGCUCGUAGAACGGGUCAAAGUGGUCCAUUAGGAGAAUUAUUUGAUCAUUCAAUUGAUGCCAUUAAUACAACAUUGGGGACAUUUAUUUUUGCUAGUGUUUUAAAAAUGGGAUAUGGAGGAUUAUUAAUAUUAAGUCAAUUUGCAUCUGUUUGUAAUUUUUAUACUUCAACUUGGGAAGAAUAUCAUACUCAUACAUUAUUUUUAAGUAAAUUUAGUGGACCAGUUGAAGGUAUAUUAAUGAUUUGUAUUGUUUAUAUCAUUACAGGGAUUUUUGGUCCCGAUAUUUGGACAAUUGAAUUAUUUGAAUUGAAUUUAACAAGUUUAGGUUAUGGUUAUUAUAAAGUUGAUACAUCAAUUAUUUAUACCAUAAUUGGUUUAACUUCAUUAUAUUUCAAUAUUGCUUCUGCCAUGUUUAAUGUUUCUAAACAUUAUCAAAAAAACAAUAAUGAUAAAAAUGAUGAAUCAAGUGAAAAAGAAACUUAUCAAGCUUAUAAAGGAUUAUAUCCAUUUUUCAUUUAUUAUGGAUUUGUUUUCUUACUUUUAUGGAGUUAUCCACAAAUUCUUUAUGAUUAUGGAUUCCCAUUGGUUAUUUCUAUUGGUUGUACCAUUGCAUUUUCUGUUGGAAGAAUCAUUUUGGCUCAUUUAACAUUACAAGAAUUCCCAUUUAUUCAAUAUCCAAUGUUUGUUCCUAUUGGUCAAUUAAUUUUAAGUAAAAUUUUAAUUGAUAUUUAUGGUUAUGGUACUGCUAAAGUAUUACAUGCAAUCAGUUGGUUGGGUUGUGGAAUAACUUUAGGUAUUCAUGGAGUUUUUGUUGCUGAAGUGAUUACUGAAAUUACUACUUAUUUAGAUAUUUAUGCAUUAUCAAUUAAGCAUAAAAAGAUAAACUAA